CGGAACAAAUACUUCCGGGCUGCUUUUGCCCCCGGUACUGUUCUCGGUUCCCGGAGCCGGCGGGAGCGGCCGGGCCGUGUGGGCCUGUGCUUUGGAGGCGCUCGCUUUCCUGGCAGGCAGCGGUGGGUCUUCAGCAGAAGGUGUGGCCCAGAUUAAAGGUGGGACACCACGCCUGGAUCUGGGACUUGUUUUUGUCCCAGGCUGGCCUUGAACUCAGAUCUCUUUGCUUCAGUCUCCUGGGAUUCAUAGCCACUGUGCCUCAAGAUCUCCAUGCCAAGAUCCAGGUCAGAAACUUGUAUCUCCCAGCUUCAAGACCUGGAUCGCAGGUGAGCCUUCCGAUUCUGGACUGUAGCUCAUUCCAGAUAGAGUCAGGUUGAAGCCAGGAAGAGCCACUGCCGCCGGGUUGGUUUCUGGGCAUGGGCUCCUGCUACUCUCAGCUUCAGGAUUCUUCCCACGUGACUUCCCAUUUCAGGACCAUGAGCACACACUAAAGCAGUGGGUCUCCUUUCCUUUUUUUUGUUUGCCAGCAGCAAACAGGGUGUAAAGUGUGGGCCACUGCCAAACAGCACCUCUGAGCUGAAUGGGGCUUGGAGGGUAGCUCACUUUGAAAAUGUCCCCUGCUUCCAGCUCACAGCUGACUUCUGUGGGGAGAAAAAAAUAGCAAUGUUUAGGAAAAGGCAUGGUAGCCUCCCGCUGAUGCUCUCUGAGACAGUUUAUAUAUCCUUGGCUGUCCUGGAAUUCACUAUUAGCUGGCUUUGAACUCAUAGAGACUUGCCUGCCCUGCUUCCUGAGUGCUACUCUUCAAGGCAUGAGUGGCAAUGCCUUUCUUACGUUGAUGGCUAAUUGGGCGGCAUAUAGGUCUGUGUACCAUGUGCAUACCCUUGGAGGUCAGGAAGAGGGUAUCAGAUCUCCUGGGACUAGAGUGACAGGCAGUUCUGUGCUGUCGUGUGGGUGCUGGGAAUCAAACUUGGAUUCUCUGGAAGAGUUCCCAGAACACUUAACUGCUGAACCACGUCUCCAGACCCUGUCCCUCCUCCUCCUCCUGUUUUGUUUUGUUUUAGUUUUUUUUUUUUUUUUAACUUUUGGGGUGUUUUGUUUUGUUUUUGAGACAGGGUUUCUCUGGGUAGUCCUGGCUGUCCCGGAAUUCACUUUGUAGACCAGGCUGGCCUCGAACUCAGAGAACUGCCAGUGUCUGCAUCCUGAGCCCUGGGAUUAAAGGUGUGCGUCUCCAUUGCCCAGCCCCUGUAGGAGGGUCAGAAGCUCAAGGUCAUCCGCAGCUGUGUAGCAAGUUUGAGGUCAGCUUGAGUCCCUGGGUAGCACUUGGAUGGAGUCCAGGGGCUCCUCCACUGAGGCAGGAGGGGAGCUUCUCUUGGAUCAACAGCGGCUGUGUGUCGUCUUUGGCUGGCAGUCCCCUGUGAGCUGCUGGGCUGUGUGCUUCUUCUCGCAGCUGGCUGCGGCCCCCUCUAAGAGCAUGCGCUGGUCCAUGGGCACCAGGCCAGUUCUUCAUGUGAUGUGCCAGCCUCCAGUUCCAGAGCCAUGGGGGAGAUGAGGUAGCCCUUGGGUUUGAUUUGGGGAAGCCCAGUUCAAUGGAUACGAAGUACAAGGAUGACUUAUUCCGGAAGUACGUGCAGUUCCAUGAGGGCAAAGUGGACACCACCCCCGGCAACCAGCAGCCUGGCAGCGAUGAGUACCUGCGCGUGGCAGCUGCCACCCUGCUCAGCCUGCACAAGGUGGACCCUUUAUAUCGAUUUCGGCUGAUCCAGUUUUAUGAGGUGGUGGAGAGCUCCCUCCGCUCGCUGAGCAGCUCCAGCCUGAGUGCUCUGCACUGCGCCUUCAGCAUGCUGGAGACAAUGGCCAUCAACCUCUUCCUGUUCCCCUGGAAGAAGGAGUUCCGCAGCAUCAAGACCUACACUGGCCCUUUUGUUUACUAUGUCAAGUCCACGUUGCUGGAGAAGGACAUCCGAGCCAUUCUAAGGUUCAUGGGCUACGAGCCUGAGUUGGGGACUGUGUACAAACUCAAAGAGCUUGUGGAGUCCCUCCAGGUGAAGAUGGUCUCCUUUGAGCUCUUCCUGGCCAAGGUCGAGUGUGAGCAGAUGCUGGGCAUCCACUCGCAGGUGAAGGACAAGGGCUACUCAGAGCUGGACGUGGUGGCUGAGCGCAAGGGCAGCACGGAGGAUGCGCGCGGGUGCUCAGAUGCUCUGCGGAGGCGGGCUGAGAGUCGGGAGCACCUGACCACUUCCAUGGCUCGUGUGGCACUCCAGAAAUCAGCCAGUGAGCGAGCAGCCAAGGACUACUACAAGCCCCGGGUGACCAAACCCUCCAGGUCUGUGGAUGCCUACGACAGCUACUGGGAGAGCAGGAAGCCCCCUUCAAAGGCCUCACUGAGUCUGCGCAAGGAGCCCCUGGCCAUGGAUGUAGGGGAAGACUUGAAGGACGAGAUCAUCCGCCCAUCCCCCUCAUUGCUGGCCAUGUCCAGCUCCCCCCAUGGUAGCCCUGAUGACCUUUCCUCCAUCUCCUCCAUCAAUGGCCUUGGCCUUCUUCGUAGUACAUACUUUUCCACUCAGGAUGACGUGGACCUGUAUACGGAUUCAGAACCCAGGGCCACCUACCGGAGGCAGGAUGCUCUGCGGCCCGAUGUGUGGCUGGUCAAAAAUGAUACCCACCCCAUCUACCACAAGCGUUCACCCCCCACCAAAGAGUCUGCCCUCUCCAAGUGCCAAAACUGCGGCCUGUCCUGCAGCUCCUCCCUCUGCCAGCGCUGUGACAGUGUGCUGGUCUGUCCUUCGGCCUCCAAGCCCAGCGCUUUCCCCAGCAAGGCUUCUGUACACGACAGCUUGGCCCACGGGGCACCUAUGCGGGAGAAGUAUGUGGGCCACCAGACUCAGGGCCUUGACCGGCUGGCACCUGUCCACUCAAAGCCCAAGCCCUCUACCACAGCCACCUCCCGCUGUGGCUUCUGUAACCGUGCAGGUGCCACCAACACGUGCACCCAGUGUUCAAAAGUUUCCUGUGACGCCUGCCUCGGCGCCUACCACUACGACCCGUGCUGCAGAAAGAGUGAGCUGCACAAGUUCCUGCCCAACAGUCAGCUGAACUACAAGUCCGCCCCGUUCUCCCAGCUCGUGUACAGAUAGGCCUCACCCCCCGUCUUCCGCUACAAGGGCUACACACCACUGACCUGGCUUGGUCCCAUCAAGAGGGAACAGAGCUGCACCGGAAGGAAGCAGAGACUUGAGCUUGACCGUGGAAGCACCAGGGUUACUGCUUUGUCACAUGGCUCCCGUAGCAGGUCACAUUCCAGCCAGUGGCUGCUGUGUGGUCCGAAGGACAGGAUGGCACUUCCAUUCAGUCACUUCGCUGCCCUCUCCACUUCCUGCUCAGCUGGUAUGGGUUUGGGUUCUGGUUCUGGUUCCCUUGAAAUAAGUCUCUGUCUCUGGGACUCUUGCCACACCUGCCCCACCCACUGCAAAGCCAGCUUGGACUGGGAAGGAGCCUUUGGGGUCACCUUCAAAUCCCCACCAGGAGUGGUGAGCUAGAGGCCUGCUGGCUUGUGAAAUGAGCCCUCCUGCCACACCGGGCCUCUCUGGUGGCUCGCCUCUUUUCCUGCUCCCUUGAUACAAGGAUCCCUAGGCAGAUGUCCCCACCCCUUGUCUGCCCCCUGACUGGUAUUAAUGGGUAGCCAAGUCCAGUAUUAGUCGAAUGCCAUCUUGCCAGCUCCACUCAACCAGCCCACAAUGUUGGCAAGCUCUGCUUGGCAGUUGGAAAGUGGACUCCAUAGCAGGACUGACGUCCCCUCCUGUUUGCAUAACCCCCUUACUGUAUUGUACAUACAGAAUUUGAGGUUUAUUUUUUAAUGAGUGUUCAACUUGCUGUGUGUUUCAACAUGGUGAAAGAAAUUAAUGAUACGGUAUUUAUAAAGGUGCCCUGGGUUCUUUAGUCUUCCAAGGGGGGCCGCAUGCCCUUUCCCCGUGUUUCUUCCACAGCUAGGGUGGAGCUGGGAGCCUGGCGUAAGGGACUGAUAAAGCCCAUGUUCCUUCCCAUGGUGGUAGAGAGCUACUGUCUUCCCUACGGUAAAUAUUAUACACCUACCUCCAGUGUGCACACAGGGGUUAGCAUGGUGCCGGGGCAAUGACCUCAGUGACAAGAUGGGGACCUCAGCCCCCACGUCUAUAGCUCUGUCUGGUCUUGGUGCCUGCUGAGCAUGAAUCUUGUACCCUGAACCUUGAAUCUCAGAAGGAAGUUCAGGCGGUGGGUGCCUCCACCCCCAUCUAGCCUUCCUCACUGGUUCCCGGGGCUGUCAGCGCGGCUCUCAGUCUUUUUGCACUAGGGCGGGCAGAGGUGGGAUGCGCUCCUUAGAUGCCUCUCCAGUAUUCAGUGUCCACACUUCCUGGGAUAAAUCCCACCUCUGGGUUUUCCUUUUUGGGGAGAGGGGCAGGGCAGGAAUUUGAAGCUGUCACUUCCUUGUGAAGUGUGAACACAGUUUAGCCAUAGGCAGUUGUGAUGUCCAGUGUUUGGGAUCUAUGGGCAAGUAGUUUUCCCAAAGCAGGCAUUCAGUUCUGGAGCAGGCUUGACUCUGGCCAAACCCUGAGCCACUGUGAAUUUGCUGGUGGUCUUCCGACUUACUGGAGUGAUUUUUUAGGUUUUCCAAAUCUUAUAUGACUCUUUUUUUAUCUCUAGCUGAUAGACCGCAUGUAAUUAGGUGUACAUACAGCAGACUCUGGGCAGUUUUAUUCCUGAGACUGGCCUUCCUGGGCAGCUCUUUGAUGUCAGCACCUCAGACCUGGCAAGGCCUGGCCCUUUCCUGAGAGCUCCAGCUCUGCAUUCCAGUCACUCCAGCAUUGCAGGGACUCUCUUAAGAUGGAGGACAGGCCACCUGAGGAAGUCCAGUGUGUUCCACCAGGAAAUACAGUGUACAGACUGGCAAGGCCUCUCCCCUCCUAGGUGUGUCUCACUAUAGGAGAUCGCUGUGAUCCGGGUAGUUGAGUAUAUGUUAAUUUAAAAUGCACAUAUUUUGCAUUUGAUUUCUACGGAGUUGAAAUGUUGAGAGAUUUAAAAAAAAAAAAUAAAGUGUCUUCCAUUGUUAAAUGAA